AUGACAAGUUACUCCUUUUAUCCGCCAAACGUCCAAGACCUGAGUGACACUGUCAUUGGCAGUGUCAGACAACGUGCCAAGCAAGUUUUUAAGGCGUUCAGUGUCCACGAUAUUCAUGACCAACGGACCAAUGCCACUGCGUUCAUCGCGAUAGCGGGGAGCGAAAUGGUCACAGUGUCGAGGACGCAGAAGAGAUCUGUCAAUCACGACCGAGACCGUACUGUUCCUGACGAGUAUCGACGCCUCCUACUCCAUCGACAGAGUCGACGAGAUAUUCAACGUCGAUACCGAGCCAAGCUGCAUGCGCGGUCCGUUGCCUUUGAGAAGAGCGUUGAGCAAUUGAAGGAUGAAGUGAGGCGUCUCGAUCAGCAGUACAGGAGCUUGAGUACCGACUCAUUGUCGACAGCGACCCCCUGGAACGUCGUCGCCGAGUAUUUUUCUCUUUUCCGUCACGGCUUCAACGCUUCCUCGACAGCAUCUGAAGUGCCAGAGCCAUCUCCAUCGAGUAAGCAGCUCUUAUUUCUGCAAGCAACAAUGUCCCCCAAUGUCAUGGUCAAGAGCGGCUCGGGCAUUCCAGAAUUGCUGGAAAUUUGGAGAUCGAUUUCAUUGCGUCAUGACGGCUUGGAUGUCCGUCUUGAGAGAUUGGAGAAUGGUCCAGAGGGGUUGUUCAUCGCUACAACCAAAUGUUGUUUUACCAUCACCCUUUCGAUGAUUCAGCAAGAGUUUCCACAUUUAAUCGAUGAAGAAGGGAAACCUCUUCCUUUGGCCGAGAAACUUUUGGGACAACAGGUCGUGCUGCUGAGUGAGGUGCGUUUUGACUGGGAUGAGUCGACGACACGAAUGGCAUCUGUAACCGGAAGACACUUCAACGCAGAAAUGCUGAUGCCGCUGCUGAAGAUACUGGGCAACUUGGAGGAUGUGGCAUUCGUGCUUGGUAGUAGCUGUCCUACUGUAGAUAUGGUGUUGUAA